AUGGGGUCCAUUAGUGAAGUCAAUACCGCGUGCGGUAUGCCCACGAGCUGGACAAGAUUAAUACGUUUUGUCGCCGAGGAAGACAAUUUCGAACACCUCGGUGAACCUCUCGAUGCAAAUAUCGACGUUGGUGCAGCUCUAGCGUUUGGGGAGAAAGUUCAAGCCCGCGUCUUCACAGAAACGUCUGUUCUCUCGUUACAAAACAAGCCCACAAGCACAGUCCUCACAGUUUUGAGAUUACUUCCGCCACUCUCAAAGUCGGAAGUAGGAACUAUCCGCUGCAUAGGCUUGAACUACCGGAAGCAUGCAAAAGAAAUGAAUCUGGAUCUUCCCAACCACCCUACACUCUUCUUCAAGCCUUCAACAUGUUUGGGCGCUCCGAACGCUCCACUGUUGAUACCGCAUCAAGCCACCGAUGGCCAAGCAGAUUAUGAAGCCGAACUCGCAGUCAUCAUAGGCAAAGCCGCGAGGAAUGUCACCAAAGAUAACGCAAUGGAGUACGUCCUGGGCUAUACAUGUUCCAACGAUGUGACAGCCCGAGUCCAUCAAUUCAAUGGCGCCCAGUGGAGUUUUGGAAAAGGCUUUGAUGGAUUCGCGCCGCUAGGUCCUUGCCUCGUAUCUGCCGCUGCAAUACCCGAUCCUGGUCAAAUCGAGCUGAAGACCAUGCUGAAUGGCGAAACGAUGCAAUAUUCUCUUGCAAACGAUAUGAUAUUCAGCAUUUCGGAAAUCGUGGCAUAUCUCAGUCAAGGAACGACGCUGGAGCCGGGUACAGUAAUCAUGACUGGCACACCACAUGGUAUUGGAGUGAGCAAAGUACCAAAGGUGUGGUUGAAACCUGGGGAUGAUUUGAGAAUUGUAAUGAGCCAUGGUAUGGGAAGUCUAGUGACACCAAUUGUUUACGAAGCGCAGCCCAAGCUCAGAUAAUUCAGAGAAACGCUCAACUCAUUCAACCCGAAACAUAGCUAAAAUGUAGUAGUCGAAUUAUAUUUGUCCGGUGCAUCGUUGGUCAAAAGCUUGUCAAAAUGAACUCGGGAUUAUUGAAACCCGAAAAGCAUCUGUUCCUGAGUGAUACUGUCAAGAACAUGCUCCCAUUGCUGCAGAUCUGUAGAUGGAUCGCCCCAAGGAGGCGCUUGCCAUUGGAAGGGACCUCCUGCACCGAAAUUGAGUAAACCUGGUACUGCCUCUGAGCUGUCUAUCGUUUCUGGCGAGACAAAGUU